AUGGCUGGUGCUCCAAGAUCCACCUCCUACUACGACCGGAAUCUGCGGCAAGGACCGGCCUUGAUCCGCGCUCGUCGGCCAUACCUUGUCAAAAAUGCCGUCACUGGCCUGGCCCUUCUGGGUGUCGUUAGCGGUGUCUACAUGUGGACGAUAAACGCCGUCGGUCAGGACAACUUCGAGGACGUAAAGGUUCCCGAUGCGCCACAUCCAGCAUCAGGCACAACGCAGAAGAUGAAAUCUAGGCACUACGCUCCAGAUGCUGUAGCUCGCGGCUCCACUUUCGACGCCGCGGGUCGUGGCCCGGCUUUAGCAGCGCCGGCAGAGCCUUGA